GAGUAGCCAUUGAGCUGGAGGUUGAGACUGCCAUACAUCCCAAAACCUCCAACUCCAUUUCUCUCCCUCGCCUUAUCAUCUCUCUCUCUCUCUGGUCUCGCUUCAGCCACCGAAGUGAUGGCCUGCUCUUCUUCCAACGUCGCCGUCUCCACCAUCUACCAAACCUACCCCCCGGCGGACCUCUCCAGAAGACCCGCCUCCGCGCCGCCGCUCUCCCUCCCCUUCGCCGCCGACAAGCCCCACUUCACCGCCCUCAAAGCCUCUUCUGUCCGCUUCAAGCACCUCGUGUCGUUGGCGGUCGUCACUCCCAACUCCUCGGUGUUGAGCGAGGAGGCCUUCAAGGGCCUCGGCGGCUUCGGUAAAGAGGACCCUCUGGGUGUCGGCGAGUAUGACUCGGAAACGGAGGACACGGCGUUGUUUGGAGCUGACAGCGAUGACGAGCUUUCUAUUUCGAAACUGGGUCUUCCGCAGAGGCUCGUCGAGUCCCUAGAGACUCGGGGGAUUACCCACCUUUUUCCCAUUCAGAGAGCAGUGUUGACACCUGCAUUGGAAGGUCGAGAUCUAAUUGCUCGUGCAAAGACGGGGACAGGAAAGACAUUAGCCUUUGGGAUUCCAAUGAUUAAGCUGCUCAGUGAAGAUGACCAAGAAAAGAGUUCUAUGAGGCGUGGUAGGCUUCCCAGAGUGUUGGUUCUUGCACCCACUAGAGAGUUAGCAAAGCAAGUAGAGAAAGAGAUCAAAGAGUCUGCACCGUAUUUGAGCACAGUUUGUGUAUAUGGAGGAGUUUCUUAUAACACACAGCAAAAUGCACUUCAUCGUGGAGUUGAUGUCGUGGUGGGGACUCCAGGCAGAAUAAUCGACUUAAUAAAAAAUAACAGCCUGAAAUUGGGGGAAGUUCAAUACUUGGUUCUUGAUGAAGCUGAUCAAAUGCUUGCGGUUGGUUUUGAGGAAGAUGUGGAGGUGAUUCUAGAAACUCCAGCAAAACGGCAGAGCAUGCUCUUCUCAGCAACCAUGCCUGGUUGGGUAAAGAAACUGGCCAGGAAGUACUUAGACAAUCCUCUGACCAUUGAUUUGGUUGGUGACCAGGAUGAAAAGCUGGCAGAGGGAAUAAAGUUGUUUGCUAUAUCAACCACUGCAACUUCAAAGCGUACCAUUCUCAGUGAUCUUGUAACGGUCUAUGCAAAGGGUGGGAAGGCCAUUGUUUUCACACAAACAAAACGCGAUGCAGAUGAAGUCUCAAUGGCAUUAACAAACAGCAUUGCUUCAGAGGCAUUGCAUGGUGAUAUAUCACAACACCAGAGGGAGAGAACAUUAAAUGGUUUUAGGCAAGGAAAAUUCACUGUGCUAGUUGCCACAGAUGUUGCAGCUAGAGGGCUUGAUAUCCCCAAUGUUGAUUUAAUUAUCCACUAUGAACUACCUAAUGAUCCAGAGACUUUUGUUCAUCGUUCUGGUCGUACUGGACGAGCUGGGAAAGAAGGUACAGCUAUUUUGAUGUUCACCAGUAGCCAAAGGCGAACAAUCAAAUCUCUUGAGCGUGAUGUUGGGUGCAAAUUUGAGUUCAUCACUCCACCAUCCGUCGAAGAGGUUUUGGGGUCAUCAGCUGAGCAAGUGAUUGCUACCCUCAGUGGAGUUCAUCAUGAAUCUGUGGAAUUCUUUACCCCAACCGCACAGAAGUUAAUUGAUGAACAAGGCACUGUUGCUCUUGCUGCUGCAAUAGCACAGAUGAGUGGUUUUUCGCGGCCUCCAUCAUCCCGUUCUCUUAUUACCCAUGAGCAGGGAUUGGUGACGUUGCAGCUGACACGUGAUCCGGGUUAUUCUAGAGGCUUCCUUUCAGCUAGAUCUGUCACCGGAUUAUUGUCAGAUGUGUAUUCUGCUGCUGCUGAUGAAGUUGGGAAAAUCCACUUAAUUGCAGAUGAAAAGGUUCAAGGAGCAGUUUUUGAUCUUCCAGAAGAAGUGGCAAAAGAGCUUCUGAGCAGACCGACACCGCCUGGAAAUACUCUCUCCAAAAUUUCUAAGCUGCCUGCUUUGCAAGAUGAUGGGCCUCCAAGUGAUUUCUAUGGCAGGUUUUCUAACAGGGACAGGGGCUCCCGAGCAGGUUCAAGAGACCGUAGAGGUGCCAGAAGUUCACGGGGUUGGGGUUGGGGUUCUGAUGAUGAGGGCGAAACUGACCAUCGGCGUGGUGGUGGUCGGGGCAGCGGUGGUGGUCGGGGCAGCCGAAGCAACAGUAGUUGGUCUAGGAGCUCCAGAGACAGUGGAAACGAUUGGCUAAUUGGUGACAGGCGCACUGGGCGGUCAUCCUCCUUUGGGAAUAGAGACAGGAGCUUUGCCGGAGCAUGCUUCAACUGUGGGCGGUCGGGACACAGGGCAUCAGAAUGCCCCACCAAGAAAGGUUACUAGUUGUGUUGUUGGUGGCACCCUUGUUCCCUGCACUGUUCGUCUGGUGACACGAGGAAGGGAUUGCUGGUGGCGGAGAGGCCACUGUUUGCCAAUGCCACGGGCACUGACUUACAAUGCUUUGGUUCCUAAAAUGGAGGCCUUAUUAGGAGGUCCAGAAGGCUGAAGAAGACGGUUUUGUGUGUAAAAAGAGUUGCAGAGCGGCAGCCUGUGUCUCUCCUUGAGCCCUCUCCCAACCCCACAGUGCAGGGUAUCUAUUAUUUUUGACAGGCCGAUUAUUUUGACAUUGUCGAACAAAUUGUUGAACUUUUAUAGGUCUUGAACUCAUUAAAAAUGGCAA